AUGGCAGCUUCUGGGGCACUUGCUUCUGCUCCAUCCCCAGAUCUAGCGUUGGAUCUUCACACCAACGAUACUGGGGAUGCAGGAAUAGAGAGUCAUUCCUCUCAGCCACAGAAGCAGGCCGAAGCGGAGUUCGUUGAAUUCGACCCAGCUAAGCAUCUCAGUUUUACUCCCCCUUCAGGGUCUACACUAUGGCACAGCUCGGAUACCCAGAGCGUCGUGCUAUUUCUCCUGUCGGCAGAGGAGGUCUUUACCAAGUAUCACUGCUCCAGCGGUCUUGCUAAGGGCCAACUUAGAGGUUAUACUGCAGAGUGUGCCCCGUUUGUGUACGACGCCUGGAAACAUCCCAAGACUCUCGCUAUUGUUUCACGGAUUGCUGGUGUUGAUUUGGUUCCCGUCAUGGACUACGAGAUAGGACAUAUCAACAUUUCCGUUCAGAGCGAAGAGGACAAAGCCGAAUUUCUUGCAGCAGUGGCGCAGAAGAACAGUCAGGAUGCUGGUAAGAAUGUUUCCGACAGUACUUGGGAAGGCAAGGAUCCGAUUGUGGAUUGGCACACUGACGGCUAUCACUAUGUCUGCGUGGUGAUAUUCUCCGACUGCGAGGACAUGAUUGAGAGAGAAACAGAACUGAGAAGAGGCAAUGACGAAAAGAUCAAGGUCCGGAGCCCCCAGAUGGUAAGGUUGGGCAGUAAUCCUCCAGAGACGCUACAUCGAACAUCGAGCCCUUCGUGCCCUGGGAAUGGCCGAGCGAUCACCAUGGUGACCUCCUUUCGCCCACGGUCUCCGGCGAUUCCCGAUUACACGGUACUGACCACUAUCAGACCGAUUUCUGACCUUGGCGAGAUGCAUCAUCAGUUUGCAGAAUACCGCUUUGAGAUUCUCGAAGCUCGUCUCAGGGAAGUCAACAAGUACAUGCGGGACCGGAAGCGUGCAAACCGCCGCUUCAACCCGGGAUUCCUGAAGCGAUUCAUUCAUGAGCAAAUUGAAUUCUUGGAGCACAUGGACCGAGAGAUCGUUGAAGAUGACAAGGUCAUCAAAGGCGUGACUGGUGACAGCCACCUCAUUUCAGAGGAUCUCAAGCUGAAGCAGUCUAAGAAACGUGAGCUCGCUGCGGCAGAGUAG